AUGUUUAUUCGUCCUUUUGGAUUAACAUCAGAUAAAGCUACAAGUGAAAUACAUAUUAAUAAUCUGCAGCAAAUAGCCACAGAAAAUAGCUGGUUCUUACAUCGUAGCGUAUUAACAAUUAUCUCAGACAAUGGUCCUGAUUGGAAAACAGAUUCCAUGGCAAAUAUUUACAAUUUUGGAAGAUUUUGGGAAGAAAAUAAAUUGGAUGCAUUAAUCUGGGUGAGUUACGCACCAGGCAACAGCAGGUACAAUCCAAUCGAAAGAAUGUUUUCACAUUUAACAGAUUUAAUAGCGAAUGUAAUAAUUGAUCUUGAUCCAACAUUUUCAAAUAUUAAUCAUCAAUUAGAUUCAGCAUUAAUUGAGUUAAAUAAAUAUUGGCAUACUAAAAAGUACGAUAAAUUUAAAAUUGAUUGUAGAUCUGUAUUUUCUGUUAAUGGAAAUUCAUUUGAUGGCCAUCAAGAAUUAAAAGAUACAUUAUUGAAAAGUUCUAUUAAACAUAUUAUGAACGAAGAGAACGAUAAUAUUCGCUUUAAUCUUCAGUUAUAUCUUCGUCAUUGUGUUAGAUCAUCAUAUUAUGUAUCAUUCAUUAAAUGUACAGAUUCUACAUGCGUUCAUUGUUCUCGCCAUCCAGUUAGAGCAAAAAAAACCAUUGAACUUCUACGAUCAUGUGGAAAUUACUUACCAUGGCCACAGAUGACUUUACACAAAUAUCAUUAUGAUACAUUCUUACAACGAACAUAUGCACUACUGGCUGGUGAAAACAAUGCUGUACCAGAUCAACAAUUACCAUCAGGACCAACAAAACAUUGUUCUGCAUGCAAAUUACCAUACAUUUUUUCGUCCAAAGCUGACGAAGAACGACAUAUGAUGUGGAUACAUCAAUCAAAUGUAACAUCAAACAUCAAACAACAAACGAAAACAUUUAUCAUCUUCGAGAUCACAAUCUAUAUGUCAACCAAAACAACGAAAAACUAG